ACCAGACCACCUCCUUAUGUGUUUCUUUAAAACCAUAUGAAUGUAAUCGGAGAUCUUCAGUAAAUCAUUGUUACUGCAAAAGCACAAAAAGUGGCGCUUAAAACAUAUACGUAUAGCGUGUGCAAUUCGUAUUCAAUUUUAUUAUAAUAUUGUGUCACUUGAAAAAAUAAAUUGAGGCCAAUAAACAUGUAAGUUGUCUUUUAUUCAAAAUGACUCGUCUUUUGAUUUUAAUAACUCUAACAGUUCUGUACUCAAGUGUAAAUUCAAUGCCUGCUGAUCACACAGGACUUUUGCCAGACUCUCAUAUUGUUGUAGCGCCUUUCAACAAUCUUGCAGAAAUCACCAAUAACAAAAUCGCACAAGUUAUAAAAGCCAAGACUAUUACCAUUACACCACCGUUUCCAGACAAAGGGCGAAAACAUGCAGUUCUAGAGUAUGAAGAUCCUUUCAGUAAAAAGGACUCAACAUAUGGCCAGUUACAACAAUUUGUAGCAAGUUUUUACAACCCUAAACCUAUAGUUGAUACAAUACAAGAACAUGAAAAGUAUGGUAACGAUGGGGAGAAGUUUAGAAGUGUUGGAGUAGCUAUUGUUGGUGGAGUUGAAGGAAUUUCAAAUCUUAUAAAUGCUGCAAUUGAAAUACCAACUGAAACUGUUAAACAAAUUAGUCGAAAAAUUUCAGAUUCGUUGAAUUCAGUGGGAGCUAAAUUCGUAGGACUUUAAUUUUUAAAGUAAUCAACUAGUAUGUUAUAUCAUUAAGAAUAAAAGUGAGUCUUUUUGUGCUAAACCCAGAGAUUAUACGCCGACUAUUACGAAGCCGGCAACUGGGCGAAACACAAAAAAAAACCUUCUAUUCUGAAUGAUAUACAGGGUGUCAAUUUUAAAACUUGCAAUCGGGAAUAUCUCUAGAACUAAAAAAAUUAUGGAGAAUCACUCAAAACCGUUUUGGUAGUUCCUAGACAGAAUCAAAAUGGGAUGGUAAGUGAGUAAGUGGUAAGUAAGUGCAUCUCCACUCAUCCUUAAAGCCACAGCCACCUCAAGUUAACAAUAAAAAUUUUAAAUGGCACUACCCUACUUAUGAUACAUCGUUGGAAUGCUCAUAACAAGCGCUUUUCAAAAAUGUCCUACAACAGCCUAUUUGGUAAAGCCGUUUUCAAAUUAUUUAAAAAUAAAGACUUUAAAUUUUCAUUCUUUUUAUUAUAUUCAAGGGUGGUUGAAGGUGCGUCAUUUACCAUGUCAUUUUGAUUUUCCCUAGGAACCCCCAAUAGUAUAUUACAGUACGAGUGGAGAAACUAAAAGAUUCACCCACGCGUGUGUCGGAUUUACACACAAGGCGAAGUCGAGUAUGGAAUGACACACGAGUGGGUGAAUUAGUUUCUCACGAGUGCUGUAUAUCGUUUUGUUCAAUCCUGUCAGUGAAUUUUGGAACACAAUUAAAAUUUUAUAAUUUGUGCAAUUUAUGUCAUAAAACAUAGGGAGCACUUUCGUUGUAAUUAACGUGAGGUAAAAGUGUAAGGUAAAACCAUAAAUAAAUAAACAUAUUGAGCAAUUCUGAACGAAAGAUUUUUCUUUGAGUGGGCAAAUGGUUUUACCUCACACUUUUACCUCACAUUGUCAUGAGUGAGCAAAACAAAUACUUUCUCGUUUUGUAUCCCAGUGAGAAAGCAAGAUUGAAUAAAAUAGUUUUGAUUAAUUCUCAAUAACUUUUUCAGUUCUAGAAAUAUUGCGAAUUGCAACUUUUAAAAUUGAUAUAAAAUUGACGAAAAUUUGAAAAUUUUUAAUGUUAAUCUUACUAUUUUUGUUUUUGACAUCUGUUAUUUAUGCAUAUGGGCGACUCGUAGUACACCCUAGUAUACUAUAGCAUCGGUUGAAUACAGGAUUAUCAUAAAGCACAUAAAACAUAUACAGGUGUCCCACGAGUAAUAAUGAGUCUGAAAAAAUUUUGGAAGCAACCAACAUUACAUUCCAAAGAUAACGUGGAUAUUAAAAUAUUUAGUUUUUAUAAAUUAAACAUAGUGACCAAACAGCACACUUCAAUUUAUAAAAAGUCAACCCUUUGGUGAGAAUUACAAAAAUUUUGCGGAAAGGACCAAUAAGAUCCUCAUUUAUGAAGAAUGUUUGAAAAAUGCUUCGCAGUCUGCACGUUUCUAUCCAGCGCGAUAUCCAAAUAGACGGAGUAGUCAUUUUGACCGAUAGAAAUUUGUCAAAAAUAAAAAUACGAUUACUGUGUUUAACUAAUUAAAACAAAAUAUUUUAAUAUGCACGUUAUCUAUGAAAUGUAAUGUUGGUUGCUUCAAAAAACUUUUUAGGCUCAUUAUUACUCUUGGGACCGCCUGUAUAGCUUUUAACGUCAGCUUCAUAGACGUCAAAAUCUGAAAGAAAAAAAACACCUUUCUCAGCACAACAUAAUUUAAAAACAACAAUAAGCAAUUAAAAUCACAAGAGAAAUGGAGAGGUACUUAACAAAUUCUUAAAGUAAAUGUUCAAAAUUACUUCUAACGUUACGGUUCCAAAGGGAGUUAAUGCAGGCCAAUUUUCUAAUCUUCUAAAAAGUUUGUUGCUUGGAGCUCGACGUUUGGGAUAACACUCUCGGUACAAAUUUUCUGCAGUAACAUUUCCCAAAAAUCAGUAUCACAUCCGUUCUCUCACCGUUUGAAUACAUUUUUAAAACGAACGAAAAAUUGUGAAAAAAAAAUUGUGAAUUGUGAUUCUUUUACUUAAUUUAUAAAGUCUGUCCCAUUUAAUAAACAAUUGUCAGUGUCAAAAUCAAAAAGAAUUUUCGUUGUGUGGCUUUAAUUGACAAAAUUUAUGAACUGGGUGUGUUGCUCACUCCAAAUACGGGUACGUAAUGUAGAUUUAAUUUCUCAAUUUUCCCUUUUAAAGCGACAUGAACUACUUUUAUACCCGAUUUUGACACUGACAAUUGUUUAUUAAAUGGAACAGAUUUUACAUACUUGAAUUCCUGAUUUAAUUUACCCGUCGUCUGCGUUGAUUGACAGUAAUAAAAGUCUGGGCAAUGCCAAAAAAUGGCCGUUGGGGGAGCGACGAGUCUGUAGUCUAAUGGAAUCUGUAUAUUUUGGUUUGAAACCUUGAUACAUUUUUGUAUACAAAAAUUUACUUUUCUGUUUUAUGGGUUGCAUAAUAAUAAAUGCGUACUUGUUUA